AUGUUGCGUGUGGUGAGCUGGAACAUCAAUGGGAUCAGGAGCCCCCUGCAAGGGAUGGUAUAUGAGGAGCCCAGCAACUGUGCCGCCAUGGCCAUGGGGCGCAUUUUGGACAAGCUGGAUGCCGACAUCGUCUGCCUUCAGGAGACCAAAGUGACCAGAGACGUGCUCACAGAGCCACUGGCUAUCAUUGAGGGCUAUAAUUCCUAUUUCAGCUUCAGCCGCAACCGCAGUGGCUAUUCUGGUGUAGCUACCUUCUGUAAGGACAGCGCUACUCCCAUGGCUGCUGAAGAAGGCCUGAGUGGCCUACUUGCCACUCAUAAUGGGGACGUGGGUUGCUAUGGAAACAUGGAUGAAUUCACCCAAGAGGAGCUUCGGGCUUUGGAUAGUGAGGGCCGGGCCCUCCUGACACAGCAUAAGAUCCGGACAUGGGAAGGGAAGCAGAAGACCUUGACCCUAAUCAACGUGUACUGCCCCCAUGCGGAUGCUGGGAAACCUGAGCGGCUGACCUUUAAAAUGCGCUUCUAUCGCUUGCUGCAGAUCCGAGCAGAAGCCCUCCUGGCAGCUGGCAGCCACGUGAUCAUUCUGGGUGACCUGAAUACAGCCCACUGCCCCAUUGACCACUGGGAUGCAGUCAACCUGGAAUGCUUUGAAGAGGACCCAGGGCGCAAGUGGAUGGACGGCUUGCUCAGUAACCUGGGAUGCCAGGCUGGGUCCCAUGUCCGGCCCUUCAUUGAUAGCUACCGCUGCUUCCAGCCAAAGCAGGAGGGGGCAUUCACCUGCUGGUCAGCAGUCAGUGGUGCCCGCCACCUGAAUUAUGGCUCCCGGCUUGAUUAUGUGCUGGGGGACAGGACCCUGGUAAUUGACACCUUCCAGGACUCCUUCCUGCUGCCUGAGGUGAUGGGCUCUGAUCAUUGCCCUGUGGGUGCAGUCUUGAGUGUGUCCUCUGUGCCAGCAAAACAGUGCCCACCUCUGUGCACUCGCUUCCUCCCUGAGUUUGCAGGCACCCAGCUCAAGAUCCUUCGCUUCCUAGUUCAUCACAAACAAGAUCCUGUGUUCAAGCAAUCAGUGCUGCGACUCAGCAAACAAACCCAGGUAAAGAUGCACCAAAACAAAGCCCGUGUGCGCUCAACCAGGCUUCGGCCAAAUCAAACUGGCUCUAGCAGAGGCCAAAAAAGCCUGACAAGCUACUUCCAGCCAUCCUCUAAUCGUCCCCAAGCUUCUCCUAACUUGGAGCUUCCUAGUAUGGGUGCCCUCAUGACCCCAAAGACUCCAGAAGAGGAGGUAAUGGCCAAAGUGGUGGAAGGGCAAGUUGGUGCUUCAGAGGCCAAGGAUGAGAAGGAGGUACAGACCUCUUUUUGGAAGUCUUUGCUUGGGGGGCCCUUGCCCAUGCCCCUCUGUGGGGGCCACAGGGAACCAUGUGUGAUGCGAACUGUGAAGAAGCCGGGACCCAAUCUGGGCCGCCACUUCUAUAUGUGUGCUAGGCCCCGGGGUCCUCCCACUGACCCUUCCUCCCGCUGUAACUUCUUCCUCUGGAGCAGGCCCAGCUGAACCAACCCAGGCCUAGGGAUGUCUGGCAUCAUCAGCCCUGUAUGUAAUUUGAGGCCAGCUCCAUCCUAAGCUGCCUAUUCUUCCUUCCCCAAAGACACCUCUUCCUCUUUACUUCCUGAAGAACCCUUCUCUUUCCUUUCUCUCUUCCUCCUUUAAGGCCUCUCUUUCUCUUCUUCCUGCCUAGUUCCUACUCAUUGGUGAGCCUCUUGUUCCUUAAUGCUGUGACCCAGCUCUCCACUCCACUUCCCACCUUCCUGUCAGAAGUGCACAGGAACCAAUUGUCCCAGGAAGUUGAUUUUAAACCCCUUUCUUGUUGAGAAAUAUAUCUGUGCCUAAACAAAGUGUGUUUUUGUUUUAGCACACUAUGUCAUGUAGACAUUUUGGAUGUGCUUUAUGAAGUUGAAUCAGAGACAUUAUCUCAACACAGGUUGCCAGCUGCCUAUAGCCUGAUGAUACAACUCCUAGGAAGGGGAGAGGAAGGAGUGGUACUCACCAUAAAGGUGCUCUGUUGAGUUGUAGGGAUUCCUGCACUACUAAGGUUGAAUCAGCAAGGGAGGUGAGUGUGGUAUGUUAGAAAGCUCAGGUGGUUUGAAUAGCUUUCAACCAGUGCUUCCCAACUGGUGUGUCCCACAACUGCCACAAAAUGGAUUAUAGGAUGGAAAGAAAUGGCCCUAGAAUUGCCAGGCAGAGCACGAAUGUCAGGAGAGAGUGCCUCCUAGGCAAGUAGUAUCAUUAGUUCAUGCAGGUGUGCUAUGCAAAUGUUUUCUGUGUGCUAUGAUCUGGAAAGAUUGGGAGUGUUGCCUUGAAAAAGUUGUUUGGUAUAGCCAAGUCUCUUUCCCACCUUGGAAAAUAGAGCUGGUAGAUCCUGUUCUAUAAAGUACUGUGGAGAGGAGAGGAUAACAGAUUGAGGACAUCCAUUCUGUCUGCUGGAAAAUAUCUCCGAAGUUUGAGGAUCUCUUCUCUUCCAAGCGGUUCAUUUAGGGCUGAUUCCAUCUCCUGGCUUUGGAGGCUACAUGGGCCUAGGUUUUCCAGGUCUACCAGUAAAGAUUCAAUCCCUGGAUUUUUGUUGAAACCAUUGGGAAAAAUCCAUUUCAAAUAAACCUGCUGAGUGCUA